AUGAGGAAAUUCUACAGCUCCCAGGCCCUCGGCGGCCACCAGAACGCCCACAAGCGAGAGAGGGGCGCCGCCAAGAGGUUCUUCCACUCACAGCGGAUGAUGAUGGCCGCCGCCGCCGCCUCCAUCGGCUACCCUCUGGCAGCCGCUCGGUCGCUCGGUGUCCAGCGGCACUCUCUGGUUCACAAGCCUGCCGGGUCGGCGGCGGCGGCAGGGGCGGCGGUGGCGAGAUUCGGAGGGGGUAGUAAUUGGGCGCCGUCGUUUUUGCCGGAAGAAGGGACGGUCGUGGGUUUGGUUUGGCCGGGGAGCUUUCGAUCGGUGGUGGUAGAUAGAGAUCAAAGCUGCUGCUCUGGCUCUGGGGAUUUGCAUAGUAGCCUUGAGAGAGGUAGGGAGACAGAAGAAGAACUUCUUUUGGAAAGGAAGAAGAGAAUUGAGAGAGAGUAG